AUGGAGAUUAAGGAGACCCAAACUGGCAAUCUUCGUUUCAACGAAAUGGCGCUCUUGACUUGUCGCUAUGCCGUGCCCGAGAGCAUGGAGCUGAACUAUGAGCAGGUUAGCGCGACGGCUCGUGUGAGCUCUGUGAACGUGGGUCCUAUCUACGAUGGCUUCAACACUUGCACGGUGCGUCCUUCGCUCCCUGCCGGCUUGUCGCUCGACCCCGCUACCUGCACGGUUACGGGUAUUCCCACCGCCACUGUGGAUGAGACGUUCACCAUCUCGGCUUCGAAGCCCUUCAGCACGGAGGCGUCGUUCAAGCUGACUGUUACGGAGUGUGACAAGACGAUUAUUGAAGUGGAGCGCACGUACGGCUCUUCUGGCUAUGCCUACGAAACGCACACGCUGUACAACGUCAAGACCGGAGCGGCUGUGGAGACGGUCUGGCAGAACUCGAACCAGAAGGCAUCCACCACGGUGAAGAACCGAUACUGCGUGGAGAGCGGUCUCUAUGAGCUGUCUCUGGAUCAGAUUUCGACGAACCAGUGGGAUGUGAACUCCUACAUCAAGAUUAACACGGUUUAUGACGACGAGACGGUGACGAUCGUGAAGUGGAAGUACGAUCUUGCUUCGGGCUACUCUCCUUCGAUCACGCUCUACCUGGGCGACACGAUUCCUCGCGGAAGCGAGUGGUCGUACAAGAUGGGCGAGCUUCCUUCGGACUGGAAGCAGAGCACGGUUCCGGAGGACUGGAAGAAGGGAAAGAAGGGAGAGUUCGAGGAGUCUUCCAACCACAUUCAGCUUUACAAGAAGAGCUUCACUCUGGAAGAUGACCUUCGAGGAUCGAUGUUUGAAAUGGGCAUUCGCUACAAGCACGGAUGCGUGGUGGUGGUGAAUGGAUACGAGCUGUUCCGCAACCACAUCGAUAUUGAGAACGAGAACCUUACGGAUCCUGCUUCGGACAGCUACGAUGAACUGAAGUACCGUCGUGUGUCUUUCCCGGUUGCUCUUCCGAGCACUGAGGAUAACGAGGUUCACCAGAUCCUGAAGAAGGGAACGAACGUCAUUACCAUUCUGCUGCUUGCCGCUUCGGAGUCUCAGAAGACUUCCGACUUCGAUGCGACUCUCCACUUGACGGGUCGCGAGAGCGUGGGUCGCAUCUUCGACUUCACUGCGACGGCUACGGAUGCGCAGGGCGUUGAGAACCUUUUCGAUAUGUCCUCCACGACCUUCUACACGUCCACUUCGUGCAGUAAAGACCGAUAUGUCGAGAUCUCCUUCAACGACGACCGUCGUGAGUGGAUCUCCAAGUACGUGAUCGUUUCCAGCACGCAGAACAACAAGAACGCCACGUCCGCUUGGAAGUUCCAGGCCAAGAACCCGGAGGACGCCGACUGGACCGAUCUGGACAAUGUCACGGACUCGCUGUGGUGGUCGCGCGGCCAGCAGAAGGAAGUGUGGGUCUACAACACGAAGCCCUUCAACAAGUACCGCUUCAGCCAGCUCACCGCGCCCGGCUCGCUCUGCACGAUCGAUCUGAUGGAGAUCGCUCUGUACGCAGAUUCCAUUGCCCACGAAAUGCCCGAACUGAGCUAUAACGGAAACUCGACGGGCUAUCUGAACGUGGACUUCACGGAUCUGAACCCCAACUCGCACUACUACAAGCAGUUCUCGGCCUCUCCCAAGCUUCCUAGCUUCCUCACUCUCGAUAGUGUCACGGGUAUCAUUCGCGGAACGGAUGUGACGCUCUAUCCGAUGACGCAGCACACGAUUACUGCGCGUCGUCUGAACGGCACUCUCUCCACCACCGUGCUUUUCCUCCAGAUCAUUGAGUGCGACAAGGCCAUGAUCGAGCUGAUUAUUCGCUCGGACUCGUUCCCCAAGGAGCAGACCUGGUAUCUGUACAAGGGAGCUUCUGCGAGCGGCGAGCCCGUCUAUCAGAAGGAGGACGGACUGGAGUACAGCAACCAGUUCCACUACAAGUACUUCUGUCUCGACAAGGACAUCUACACCUUCAAGUUCCAGGACGCCGAUACGGACGGUUGGCGCAUGCCCGCCGGCUACCGCAUCCUGACGAGCCAGGGAUACUCGCUCGGCUUCGGAACGGUUCCUAGCGGCUCGGAGCGACCUGUCUCGAAGACAUACACCUUCAGUACCAACAUCGUGGCCACGCAGGACAAGACCGAGUGGAAGUCCUUCGCGGGCAAGGCUGCGAGCCGCAAUUGGUACUCGACUAGCUACGAUGAUUCGGAGUGGGAGGCGAAGCGAGGCGGCGACGACAUCGCGUACGACGGCAAGACCCGCUACUUCCGCUACAAGUUCAACAUCCCGAGCUUGACGACGUACCCUGUGCUGAACGUGGCCGUGAACUAUGGCGCGGGUAUCGUGGCCUAUCUGAAUGGCGCGAGAGUGUACCGCAGCAACAUGCCCACCGAGGUCACGUACGACACGGACGCCACGCAGGACCGCUCCACCUGGGGUCUGGUCGAGUUCUCCAUCCCGCUGCAGCUGAAGGGAGCGAAGGCGGGUGAGAACGUGCUGGCUUUCGAGCUGCACCGCACCUCCACGCAGGCCACCACCGACCUGUGCAAGUUCAACGUGAACGCGGUUCUGGCGACUGGCGACUGCGCCCCGGUGCGCGCCGACGUGGCUUCGUACUACAGCACGACGCCGACCAGCGGCUACACCUACGCGCUGUUCGAUAACAGUAUUACGAACUAUAUUGCGUGGGACUGGGUCCAGGGAACCUACUUCAACUUCACCUACGAGAAUCUGGACGGCCUUCUGUUCAACCAGUACCGCAUCUACACGGACGGCAACCACGGAGAGAUCGACUUCACGAUCUACGCGAGACGCGCGGACGACAAGGUCUGGUACACGUUCGACCAGAUGAAGAGCGCCAGGUUCCCGGAUCGUUCUCGGUAUGAGAAGAACGUGCCGAACGGUCUGAUCGGCUUCAACCAGUUCAUGUUCGUGUUCGACCGCGUGCAGCUGCCUUCCGGCUUCACCAUCGAUGAGAUCGAGUUCGCGUAUUGCCCCUUCGAGACCACCAAGUUCUGUCCGGGCGUGGGCGAGUAUCCGUCCACCGGAGAUGGCCAGAUAUCGGUGAGCGUGUGUCCCGAGAACUACGACGGCUAUUCGUACCGCGAGUGCAAGGAUAAUCGUCUCGGCGACAUCAUUCUGGACAAGUGCAAGAAGUUCGCUCCCACCAACCUCGCCUACACGGAGCCGGAGUACAGAAUCUACGUCAACGCGGAGGCCAGCGGCGUGAAGCCCGACUGGUACGGCCUGGUCGACGGCUUCGACAUCCAGCCGCAGCUGCCGGAAGGCCUGUCGAUCGACCAGAAAUCGGGAGAGAUCGUUGGCACCCCGACGAAGGAGAUGGCCUCGAGAACUUACACGGUGACCGCGUACAACGACAUGGGAUCUGCGCGAGCCUCGUUCAAGAUGCGAAUUGUGAUCGGUUGGUGCGAGCCGGACGAGAAGUUCGACCGAACGCCGAUCGGCGAGACGGCGACGUACGACUGCGCGGUGGAGGGCUCGUCGGGAACGCUGCGCCGCACCUGCCGAAUGGGCAAGAACGAGCCCGAGUGGGGAAUGACGAUCGGUGUGUGCAUGAACGAGAACACGUUCCUUACGUUGAUCAUCGUGGCUGUGGUCGUGCUGAUCAUUGUGGUCGUCAUCGUCAUCAAGUUCCGCAGCGACAAGAAGAAGGUCCGUGCUCGCAGCGCCGUCAGAGGAGGAAAGAAGAACAUCAACAUCAUGAAGUCCGUACCUUAUUCCAAGAUUUAAUCAAAUUGCCCUUGGAAACUUUCCGCUUUGU